AUGCCUGAGGGACGUCAAUCACCAGCUCCCGAGCAGCUGAGCGGCCGCCAGCAGCAGGACCCUCCUGGCUCUGGUCACGGAAUCAACAAGACUGAUGACAAGGACCCCAAGAGCCAGCUUGAGGCAAGAAAUCCGCCAAUUCCAAACCUCUCAUCCAACCCCAAGGGUAUUACCGACGAUAUUGUGGAAGAGAAAUUCUCCAAGACUGAGAAGAAAUAG